UCUCUGUUUUCCUCCUAUCUUUGUUUCGGAGGACAAACGGCUAUUUCUGUCUCUCUGCUAACAGCAGCUAAAGCUAACACCUCCUCCUGACACGACAACCUGCCAAACAGACUCCUGCUUUAACUCCUCUCUCCUAUCUCCUCUCCUCUACUUCUCUCCUCUCCUUUUUUACUCCUUCCUCAGAGUCUCUGAGCUCGGAUUAUUUGCUGGAAUAAGAUGGUCGUUUUGACAAGCAACAAUGAAGAGCAGGAUUAUAUCCUGAUCGAAGAGCGCAAAUGCAGCUCUCUGCCCAGCUCCCCCGCCAAGCGAGUGUCUCCCACCAAAAAGAAGCAGUUCUACAUCAACCGAGCCAUCCGCAACUCUGACCUCACCCCCCGAGCCAAAGGCAAGAAGAGCCUCCGCCGCCAGGAGAACACACUCUUCCUCGCUAAUCUCCUUGAGAGGGACGAGUGCUCCAAAGAUGAUCUGGAGGUUUGCAGCAACCCGGCAAUCCCAUCCAUCUUCACUGAAGCCUGCACCAACGGAAACUACAUCGAGCCAUGGAACGACUUCAUGAACUGCUCCGGUGAGGAGCAGGAGAGACUGUUGUCUCUGCUGGAGAAGGAGGGGGCCAAGAAGAAAACCACUGCCAAGCUCCUCAAAGACCAGAGGAAUGUAAAUCUCGCCUUCACUGCUCAGGACUGCUUCCAGAGGAUCGAUCGCAGGUUACGAGCGACUCUGAGACGAAAACAAGUCCCCAUAGGAACUCUGGAAGUUCUUGAGGAGAACCUUCUGAGCUUCUUCAACGCUCAACCUCACUCAGUUUACACGACGCACCUCGACACCAGCUUCGAGAGGCUGCUGCUUCAUGCCGUCUGCCAGUACAUGGACCUCGUCUCUGCAAGCACAGACUACAACGGGACGCGUCAGACUGAAGUGGUGAACAAACAGGAGGAGUUCCUUCCUCCUGGUCGUCUGCUGUCCGCCUACCUGGAGCAGAUGAGCUGAGACCAGGCCCUCGCCGUGUUCCCCCCGUUUCCUCCAGACCGCUCUGCUGCAGGCUGGACGGAGAGGAGGGGUGUAGAUAAGGUGACGUCUGUGUAACGUCUCAGAAGACAAAGCUGAGACAUGCCUGCUUCCUUCUUCUCUGGAGUCUGCGGUUCAUUUUUCAUCUGUCCAAAACAAAAUCACAUUGUAUUGAUCGGGUACACACGAUGAAAGUUCUUUGUUAAUAGAAGCUAGGACGCAUGUUAGCACAAUGCAAUUAGUGGUCAGCUGAGGCAGAGUACAAGGUCACAUGACCUCCCUCUGACAUGUUACACUUUCCUCUCUCAUGGUUCAGAUCCACGAUGAGUCCAGCUGUUGAAGCGGCUCCUCAUCCAUCACAUGGUUCGAUUAUGAUACGAGUUAAUGGAUUACUAAUGGAGCGGUUUUGAUUAACAAUUCCUAAUUGGUUGUAAUCUCAUGAGUGGUGAUGUGGAGUCCACAAAAGCAACAAGUGGAUGUUGCAAUUUAAAAGCAGAGAGGGCGUUACGUCAGAGCUGAUCUGAACUUCUUGAAGCAGCUGUCGAUGUUUUUUGUCCUUUUUCGUAGCGCUAAUGAUCGGAUCUUAUCAACAUGACAUGAUAUAAAACAUAAGUGAAUGAUGUUCCAUUAAAUCUGCUUCACUUUAACACGAUUCUUUAAACCUCUCACUCUCUAAUCUUCGCCUCUGAUCGUCGUGGAAUCCGUUAUGAAUUCACAUUUAUAUUAAUGUAAGCACAAAGUCGUCACAGUCAAUAAAGAUAAAAAUCACCCUGAUGAUUUAUCUGAACGUCACUCUGAACCUUCCUUGUUGUACAGAAGAGUGUGUGAUGAUGCUGCAACAGAGAGCUCAUUGUUAAUGCGUCAGCGCCUGAAGGAUUAGCCUGAAGGAUUUAUGUCAGAUGUGAGUUAUGAAGCAUGAAUAUUAAUAAUCUCUACAUUUAUGCACAGACAGAUCACUCAUCGUCUCAGCUAGGGAGUGUUUGAAUCAAAUAUACUUGAGAUGUAAAGUAACUCUGAUCAUUUCUCCUUCUGUGGGUUCACUUUCUACGGAUUAUCUUUCUCUCUUCACACCGGCUUCAUUUUCAAACACUCAAAGUGUCCGUAUGUCGAUGUAGAAACAACACAAACUCAAUACAGUUACAGUCUGUAAUUAUAAAAGUAACACUUCUUUAGAUAAAGUCUAAAUGUAAACAAAGGUUUUAAUGGUUAAUGUAAAGGUGCAUUUCGACUAAGAGUUCCGGGGUCUUUUAGCCCCAGAACUACUUUACACUGAACUAAAAGGUUCCUGUGCCCCCAUUGUUGUCUGCGUUUCGACUGCAGGGCUUAAGUCCCGGGUAGAUUGUGCAAAUCAGGCCAAAGAGGAAUGCCAUUCAUCACAGAUGACACCAUAGAAGCAGACGGACAGGCAGGUAUCAUUAUGAGCAACACAACAGUUAGCCUGUUAGCAUGAAGAGACUCAGCUGGCGCUGUUUUAGAUGGUGCUAUAUUUCAUCACAGAUGGAUUCACUGCAAAUCCACUAAAAACAUGGAAAAAGCAAUGAAUGAAUCAACACGUGAGAGGAGAUAAGCGCGAGUAGCAAAGACGUUUCAACACGCUUUUAAAAUCCUUUUGAACUCAAAAAGCCGUGGCAGAGAUCGACCGGUGUUUUGGUUUAAACAGCGACCCUGUUAACUGGAGACUCUCAGCCGGAUGCAUCCCUCAUAAACGUCUUUAGACGAUCAUUUAAUAUCUGAUGAGGAUAUUUUGAAAUCUUAAUAAAAACUAAACUAGUUUGCAUUCCCAGGAACUCCCUCUGUGUUUCAACAGCUGUGUAAACUCCACAAACACUGACACGUUCAGCUGAAGGUCUCCAGUUUACAGGGUCACUUUUAAAACCGGAACACCGGGAGGAGAGACGCAUUCACGGUGGGCUGAGAGAAGACUACUGUUACAAGCUGCUAAAUCAAGAGAAUCACAGCUUCUUCUUUUGAAAAGUACACACACAUACAAAAAAGAUAGAACAAAUCAAAACUAAUGAAAGAAAGAGAAAUCAAGUGAAUCACAGAUGUGUGUGUGAAUCUACCAAUCAGGACCUGCCCUCCGAAAGUCCCGGGACCUUUGAAAAGUACUACCCCCUUAGCAGGGGCUUUUUAGGGGGGAGAUUAUCUACCCCUGAACUAAAUUUAGACCCUGGGUCCACUGGUCGAAACGCACAUAGUUCCAGGGUAAAGUUCCUCUGGUUGAAAAGCGCCUUUAGACGAGAUAAGGAACUCUUCUUGAAGCCGUCUCCUUCUUCUUUCAUCUUUCCUGCAAUAACUCACACUAACUCCGUUCACACACCUUCAGCUCAGAGCCUCGAUCCACACGUCCAUGUGACCUGGUUUAAAGUCAUACUGUAUGUGCAGUAGAUGUUGUUCAUGAAAAACAGCCACUUACAAAGUGUUUGGAUGGUUCAGACCUGCAGAGUCCGGACUCUCGGGUGUGUUUCCAUAUCAACACUUACAGGAGAAGCACUUCUGCCUUAUGAAAACAGGUCUCUUUGUUUUUCUCUGUAAAUAUAUUUCUACAUUUGUACUCGACUGGAUUUUGGACGCAGGUUAUUUAAAAUAAUCUUUUUUAUGCUGCCGUUUGCAGCGUAACAAAACUUGACCUGUUGGUGCAUUUUGUCAAACAACCAAAGUGUGUGUGUGUGUGUAUGUGUGUCUGUGUGUCGCUCUUAUUUCUCAGGCUGUCGAACUCUCUGAAUGUCAUGCGGUGAUCUCUCAUGGUGUCAUUUUUCUGAGUACUGUAUCUGCAAGAUGAACUCGUUAUGAUCAUGUUCGCCUCGUCGCUUCGGGGCGCUGCCAUCUUUUUAAAUCCAUGUGGGUGUCGUAGACGUAGUGAUGAUGUAAAUACUGAAGUCAGAGGAUCGACGUGUGCCAACGUUUGGAUCGGAGACGCCUCCAAUAGUCUGAAAGCUUUAUACUCUCGACUGACACAUCUGUGUGUAUAUAAUGAAACGUGUGUGUACCUAUUUAUAAUUAUCAGUGCAUCCAUUAAAGGAUUUAAGAUAUUAA